GCCCAAGUUAAGCUCCGCGCUUAGACCGAGCUCUCGCAGUCGCUUCUUAAGCUCCGCAAUCGACGCACGCGCACCUUCCUCGUCGCGAAUAAAUCGAUAUUAUAUUCGUAUAUAAAACGUUCGCGUAUCAAGCCGGCUUCACUCGAGUUUGUAAACAAAUAAUAUGAAUACGUGAUCGACCGAAAUGUCUUUCUGUAGAAUAACCGGCCGCAGUCGAGGCUUGCCCAAGCCAAACUAUUUCCCGCUCCUUGCACCGAUAUCCCCAGCCGAUGCGAAACGAUGCUGCAGGAUCACGGGGAAAUCAUACGGGUUACCGUCCCAUCACUACAUUCCAGUGUUGCUUGCCGCUCGUUCGGGGAAAGCAAAUAAAUGUAAGAUAACCAACGUGUCCGGCGAACUCGGACCGCACCAUUAUUCGCCUGAAAUCAACUACGGAAACAGGAAACAUGAAAUGCUUGCAGGUUAUAGGUACAUAUUCCCAGUCUUAGACGGCACUACUGAUGCUCAACGAGGAUUAAUGGAAGUGCUUCUGGCGAAACAAGUGGCAGAUGACAAACGCUACGUGUACACAGUUCAAGAGAGAAGAUGCAGCCUAGUUUUCUCAGCUCGAAUGGAGGCAGCAGUGAGGGAUGGUGACGUUAGAGAUGUUAUGCUCGCCAAAGACUCAGACACUUUGCUUAUCAAAACAAAACAAGGUCGCAGUGUUUCAAUGGACUUUAAGGAUUUCACUGAGGAAGUGGAAAUAUUUGAAGGAGAGGGACCGAAUGCAGAGGUUUUAAAACAGAGGGAGUUAGAGGAACUCGAAGACCGUAAGAAAAAAAGGAAACGUGCUGCAGGACUUUCAUCUAUGAAAAAAAUAUUUGAAAACAAGGAGAAAUUGGCGGAAGUACAAGAAAUUGAAGAAGAGAAAAUGCGUCAAGAACGUGUGGCAAAGAAAGCAAAAUUAGAAGAAACUAAGCAUGAAAAACAUGAUCUUAAAAGUUUUUCUUGUAAUCAUUUUGAUCUUCAUCAUAUGCGAUCGAAAUCGAGUAUGGUUAUGUGCAGCGGUGACUGGAGAGAUCAAAUGCAUCCACUGCUUGAAACAUGGGACUGGGAUUUGUUUGAAAAGGAAGUAAAUAAUGAAUGCUUUACAACUAAAGUGACUGCACUCCCAUCGCCUCUAAAUAUCACGCCCUAUCAUUGUGAUACCGAAAUACAUGAAGUGGACCGCAAUAUAAGUGAAGUUUCGAUUCCUUUUGAAAAUGUGCCUUGUGUGAACCCUUUAAAACUAAUAAAAUCACGACCCACGGAAGCAGUGUUAAGUGCCGUUGCAGAACUUUCUGAAGAGCGCUUAAUAGAGACUUCGAACAUAACAGAAAAGUUACUCAACUCUGAUAAAAUUGAUAUGCUUCCUACGCUAGAUAAUUUGCCCGAAGUUGUUAAAAAUAUUAAGAAAGGAAAAAGAGAAAAAAUUGCAAAAAUAUCAGGUCUAACAUUAGAUAUAAAUAAAGCGAAGAAGUUUAUUCCCGGUCAACAUAUAAAUACACCUCAAGGCCCCGUUUUUGUACCGGGUCAAACAGUGGAAACACCCUCUGGGCCAGUGUUUGUUCCCGGUCUUAGUGUGAAUACUCCUGCAGGACCAGGCCUAAUACCUGGGCAUAUUAUUGAUAGUGAAAAUACUAAUGAACCAUUUUUCCUUGCUGGACAAGUUUUGCAAACAGAAAAUGGAGAUGAGUUUGUUUGCGGACAAACAAUUAAAACUAAAGAUGAUAAAUAUCGGUUUACUGAAGGACAGACUGUCUUUUCUGAAGAAGGUCUUAAAUUUGUUACUGGAAAGGUGAUAAAUAAUGGAUCCGAAGAGGUGUUUGUUCCGGGCCAAACAAUACUAACUCCAGAUGGAGUUAAAUUUGUACCAGGACAAACGGUGACGGAGAAUGGCAAUAUUGUUUUUACACCUGGACAAAAUGCAAAAAUAAAUAAUGACUGGCAGUUUGUUCCUGGACAAGUGGUACAACACGAAGAUGAAUUGCAAUUUGUUCCGGGGGCUACACUAGCUACACCGAAUGGACUUAAAUUUGUACCUGGUCAAACAGUUACUACAAAUGGAGAAACAGUCUUUGUUCCUGGUAUAACAAAGAUGGGUAACAGUGGCCUUGAAUUUGUUCCUGGAACGACCGUAGAUACAAUAGAUGGGCCCAAAUUCAUUGAAGGACAAGUAGUUCACACAGAUUGCGGUGAAAAGUUCGUCCCCGGCAAAACUAUUGUUCAGGCUAACGGCAACGUAGAAUUUUCAGUUGCUAGGAAAAUAGAAGAUAUAACUUUUACUGAAAGCAUGCCUGUUGGGUUGCCUAUUGACAUUAAAACGUGUUCUUUAUCGGAGGAAUCUUUAUAUGUAUUUGGUCAUAUGGUGCAAUCAAGCAAAGGUAUAGAAUUUUAUCCAGGACCUAAAGCUCCGGCAUUGGAUGGUAAAGUGGUUCCAGGGCGCCUCGUGAAAAAUGAGGCAAACCAAUCACGUUUCGUUCCAGGAAUGAUGGUAGAAGGAGUGUUUGUCCCUGGACAAAUAGUCUUCACAGAAAAUGGAGAACAAUUUGUACCCGGCCAAGUAGUCGAUACAACUGAUGGGCCGAAAUUUGUUCCUGGUCAAGUAGUAAACACAAAAAGUGGACCUAAAUUUGUUCCAGGACAAACUAUUCAUACAAUUGAUGGGCCGCGAUUUGUACCUGGACAAAUUAUUGAAACAAAAGCUGGUCCAACCUUCAUUCCUGGACAAGUCAUAUCGACAGAAGAUGAAGGAUCCAGAUUUGUUCCAGGUCAAGUAGUUGACACCGAUGAAGGUCCGAGAUUUGUUCCUGGUAGAGUAAUUGAAAAUGACAAUCAAGGAGUGACUUUUGUUCCUGGCCAGAUUGUUCAGACGCCUGAAGGUCUCAAAUUUGUAGCUCCUGAUCUUACUGAAGGUGAAGAAGGUCUUGAAUUUUCCGUCCAAAGUUUUGUUGUCACUCCAGAAGAACUAAAAUUGUUAAAAGUUAAAAUGAAUCCAAAUGAUACUACAUCUACAAAAGGGGAGUUGACUAUCGACAGAAAAAUGCUAAGGCAAUUGUCAGAAGCCGGAAUGUCAAUUGGGAGGCAAGUUCCUACCGAUUUACCUGCUAUUAAUGUUAUAUUGAAUCACACAAAGAAUGCCGAAGUCUUGAAAGCUUUCGUUACAGAUUUCGGAUUAAAAGAUGAUGUAGCAAAUCAACUAAUGGAAGUAAUCACAUCUAUAAUAGAAAUGAGUUCCCACUUGAAAUCUGAAAUCCAUCUACACCAUAAAAAUAACGGAUUGGUCAAAGAAAGUAAAAGAGGCAGAGGCAAUAAAAAGAGGUUAGAUAUCCAAGAUCAUGAUGAUCUUAAUGGAGAUAAGGAAGAGCAUUCUCACCAGGAAAAAGUUAAGAAUUCAAUCGCAGCUGCUGUAUUGGCUGCUUUAGUCACAGCAGAGCAAUUCGAAGAAAUUAAUAAUAACAAUGGAAAAGAAAAAUAUCAGCAUAUAUUGAAAUCAAUUGACACAAUUCUGGGAAAAACUAUUGAUGAAGACUUUGUAUCUGCUAUGUAUAAAAUUCUUCAAACAGAAGAAAAUAAAGAAGUUCUUUGUGAAGAAAUACUUGAAAACUCCACAAAUUCAAAAGUAGAAUUAAUCAAAAUUGCAAUCAAUAGUGCAUUAGAUAAACAUUCCUAUACUCAAGAAGACAUAAUUGACAAAUUUAGUGACUUUCUUAGCAGUGAAAAUCAAGUACUUGGGCCAGCUUUUAAAAAUAUUUCCAAAAAUGAUAAAAACUUACUACACCAUGUUUUGAGUCGCAUAUCAGACUCCAUUUCAUUCAUAAAGACGGAUCAUGAGGCUGCAGAAACUUUACAAAAAGCUAUCGUAUCUGCUGUACAAGAAACUAGUAGCAAAACAUUGGAAACCAUUUUCAAAGAUUCCAAUAAAGAAAUGUUGAAAGAAGUUAUUAUUCAGUCAGUGGGUCUUGCGAAAGUUCUUGGAUUGAGCGAUGUAGCCAAAAGUUUACUCUGCAUUUUAAGUGAUGAUCACAGUUUAGCAAAAAUAGAAAAUGAUAAGAUGUGCAUGAAUAUCCUCAAAAGACUUACAGUUAUGAGAAAACUCGCGGAACAGACUCCAAGUUUACAUUCUGCACUUCGUAAACUAGAAACAGAUCCAGAGCUAGCUCGCACAGAUCCCAAAGUUAGGGAUUUGGUGCGAGAGAGUGCUGCACUAAUGAUCGUUCCAGAAGAUGCUCCUCUAAUGACAUCUGAUGACAUUCCUUUAAGCUUGCUUCAUCCUGAAAAUAGUUUAGCAAUGGAAGAUUUUCUAUUUCAGCGUAAAAAGCUUCCUGGUGCCUUAUUGAUAAUGAAGAAAGGUUUGCAAGCUGUUGUUCCUCGGGAAGCCAGUCGCGCUGUUCUUACUGGUCAGGUGGCUUAUACAGUAUUAGAUGAAAAUGGUAUAAGACAUUUCGAACCUUUACAUGUUUUCUCAGCCCUGAAUCUCAGUCAGCCCACUGCACAUCGCUUCAGCAUGUACAGUUGUCCCGUACUUGAUGACGAUGAUGAAGAUCUUCAAACAUUUACGGGAUAUUGUAAUAUAAGUCACAGUCAAAGAAUCUCAAAAUAUACAAAUGGUGGUUACAGUAGAAAAUAUAAUAACGGGUAUCUAGAUAGAGAGAACCUUAGAUCAAGAAUAAACAGUUAUGAUAACACACCUAGCUACAAAAGAUACCAUUCCCCAUCCUUGUCAAGUACAAGAUCUAGAUCUACGUGUAGCAGAAGUCCUUCUAAGGUGGACGACAUCGUGGUAGCGACAUCAGACUACACAGCAGCAGCUGAUGAUGAAGUCUCCCUUAAAGCGGGAGAUAUUGUCGAGGUACUCGACACGAAAGCCGCUCUCGGAUCAAAGAACCCUCAAACCGACUCGGCGCUGGACGUGCAGGCUGAGCUGCUGGACACGACGGCCGCCAAACACAAGCUGGCUGUUAGGCCCAAGAAGAAGCAUGCCAGUAAGCUGGUCAAACGAUGCAUCACUAGCAAUGAAAGAUGGCUAGUGAGGGUGGUGGAAGACGUGCAGGCAGGCGAGCUGUGCACGCGGCAAGGCUACGUGCCGGCACAUGUCCUGAAGGAGAAGCUUCCAGAGAGGGACCAGACUGCACUGGCGGCUAGACGACAGGCAGUGGUGCGCGAGCUGAUCGAGACGGAGGAGGAGUUCGGGCGGGACAUGCAGCAGGUGGUGGCGCAGUACAUGCGGCCGAUGGACAAGGCCACCACGCCGAAGCCAGUGUUCGACAACCGCGAGCUGCUGUUCUCCAACUUCAAGCAGAUCUGCGAGUUUCAUACCACGGGUCUGCUAGAAGGCAUCAAGUACUACGCCGAGGAGCCGCGCAUGCUCGGGCGCGCGCUGCUGCGGAUGGAGAGAGAGUUCGACAAGCAUGUCGCCUACUGCCGCGACGAGCCCAAAGCGCAGCAGCUACUCAAGAACGACCCCGUCGUCUCCAAAUACUUUAAGGUUUUGGCUGAAAAAGUCGGUGACGACAAAGGCCUUACUGAGCAUCUCAAACUACCCAUCCAGAGAAUCAACGAUUACCAACUUCUUUUAAAGGAGUUGGUAAAAUACUCGAAGCGGCUCGGUGACGAUUGCACCGACCUCCAAAAGGCUCUCGAACUAUUCCUUGGCGUGCCCACCCGAGCCACCAACAACCUUUUCAUCGACAGCAUCGAGGGUUACCGUGGUAACAUCUACAAACUCGGUCGGUUGCUCACCCACGACUGGUUCACUGUCGACUUUGGAGACAAGCCCAAAAAUAAAUAUCUCUUUCUCUUUAAAGCUAGGCUUUUGAUCUGCGAAGUUGUGAACGUCGGUGACGGUCGAUCAGUUUUUGUACUCCGAUACAUCGUUAAGCUUCCAGAAGUAGAACUCUUGGAUGUGCCAGGUACAACAAAAUUUGAACUUCAUAAGAAAGAUCCUCCUCUAGUCAUCACUCUCAAAGCGACUAAGGAGUCAGUCAAGACUGCUUGGUUACGGGAGAUCAGACUCUACGCCACUGAUUUAGUUGCCCUAGCAGAACACGCAGCAGACGAUCUUCAAGUAUUAUCACCACCAAAAGAAGAAUCCCCUGAACCACCAGAGGAGAAAAGAAAAAGGGAACCAUCAGAAGACAACCAGGUCGAAGAGAGACAAGAGAAGAAAUCGCGAGUCGAAGAAGUUGUCGAACAAGUUACUGAAGUUUUAGCAGAAGAAGAAUCUUCACAUUUAUCUAAAACGAAAAGAAAGACAUCCGUUGAAAGUGAAGUUGCUAGCAAAAUCUCUAAAACUGAAGUAACAGAAGUGUCAAUCAGCGAAGUUCAAGAGACUCAAAGUUCUAUUAGCGCUGCGAGCGAAGUCACAACUGAUUUAGAAUCUAAAUCAUUUGUGACACAAGUCAGCGAAGUAGAAUCGGUCACUUCUCAGUCACAAGUUAGUCAACAGAUAGUUGUUCAAUCUUCUGAAACUGCUGUGUCCCAAGUUGAAAUUCAACAAGGAAUCACAUCAUCAAGAUCAGUUCAAAGCACAUCUAUCGAACAGUCCAAUACAGCUGAAACAGUUAAAAAAGAAAAAGCAUCGAAAACAGACUUGAAGUCAGAGGAGCUAAAUAGUGAAUCUUUGAUUACUUCAUCUCAACAAAAAGCUAAUUUAGCGUUUGAAAAAUCAUCUAUUGAACAGUUGCAGUUAGAACAGGAAGUAAAAGCUGAAGAAACAGCACAAAGUCAAGAAUCUGUUUCUUAUAGUCGACAAACAUCUAAAUUAUCCGUUGAAGAAUCAGAAAGUGUUGAAAAGUCUGCGAAUCAAACUGAAACAUUAGUAGAAAACAAAUCUGAACUUGUUCAACAACAAAUUAGCAUAGAGAGAGUAGAAACUAAAUCUAAAGCUGCUACUUUAGAAACUACUUUAGAUAGUUUUGCUCAAAGGGCAACAGAAAUAGAAAAAUCUGUAGCUCGUAAAGAGUCUGUCAAGAAAUCUAAAAAUAACAGCAAAGUUACAUCUCCCGAAAAGUCAGAACUUAUAGAAACUCAGGAGCCUGCUACAGAAAACAAAGAAAACGUUAAUCCCGCUCCUGAAAAUUCUUCCCCGUCAAACGAAGGAUCUGGUACUGAAGAAUCACUUAUCAACAAAACAAAAGCAAAGGCAGUAAAAGAAUCUGUAGAAAGCAAAAGUGAAAGUACAGCUUCAACACGUAAAAGCGUUAAAUCAAAGAAACUAGAAACUACAGAAAAAGUUACUGAAGAACUUUCAGUUACUGAAAAAGUUUUAGGAGAAGAACAAGUCAUCGAUAACGGUGAAAAUCUUGUAGAUUCUUCUAAAGAAGAUACAAGUAAUAACCAACCUGUGGAAGAAUCUUCACAGAAAGUUGCAAGUGGUGACCAAACUGUAAACACCGGAACGCCAGAAGAGAGGGUUUUGGAAGAAAGUCAAACUGUAACCACAGAAGAUAACGCAGAGGGAGAGAUGUCAAGAUAUAGCCGUAGUUCGCGGCUUUCUGGAGAGUAUUCCAGUAGCAGUCGAAAACUAUCAUCGGGUGGCCGCUAUGAAUCAUCCUCUACUUACGAUAGCACUGGUAUUUCAUCUGUCGGUCGUCGUGAAAGUGGCUCUCGCAUAGAAAGCUCUCGCUAUGAAUCUGGAGGUACUCUUGAAGGUUCCGCUGCUUCCCGAUAUGAGUCUAAAUACUCAACAUCGAGCAGAAUCGAAGGAGGCUCGAAGUACGGAAUCGAAUCUAGCUACGACAGCAAAGAAGGUUCCAAAUAUGCUAUUGAAUCAUCUCUAGCCAGUGAAAGUAAAUUGGACAGUAUUGCAUCCAAAUAUGGUUUGGGUUCUGAAACUCAAAUUUCAGGAAGAUCUUCUAAGCAUAGUAUUGAAAGUAGUUACGAAGGUAAUUCUGACAGCACCACUAAACGUGGUAGUAUCGCAUCCAAGUAUGGAAUUGGAUCGAACUCUGAAGUGCAAAUGGAAGGUCGUUCGUCAAAGUACAGCGUUGAAGCUAGUUACGACGGCGAUUCUUUGGAAACAAGCAGUAAAAUAGACAGUAUUGCAUCCAAAUAUGGUCUUGGAUCUAACGAGACAAAAAUUGAGGGACGAUCCUCUAAAUACACCUCUCAAACCAGCUAUGACGGCAAUGGAGUAGAUACUACCAGCAAAAUCGACAGUAUUGCCUCCAAAUAUGGACGAAAUUCUAUUACAGAUAGCGCCAAAAUAGAAAGUCGUUCCACAAAAGUGAAUAGGGGAACAAAUUUUGAUGGUAACAUUAAUGGAGAAUCUAAAAUUGAAUUGAAAUAUAGUUCAAAGAAUGAAGAAGCAUCUGAAAGCAAAUAUUCUAAAAAAUCCAUCCUUUCCAACGGCUCCGUUACAGGGGAGUAUGAAUCCAUGAAAACUAUUUCCAGAUCGGAAUCUGAUGGCAAACCAAUUUUCACGAAGACUCUAGAGGGCCAGGAUAUUGAGCCGGGUGAAAAUGCAAUCUUCGAGGUUGCCUGCGGGGAGUGUCCUGAUGAGAUUCAAGUGACGUGGCUUAAGGACAACAAGCCUUUCAACGAUCGCUUAAUGGACCGCGUGAACAUGAUGGUGAAUAAUGGAACGUACCGUCUUCAAGUGAUGCAUUGCAGAGAAGAUGAUUCUGGAACGUACACAGCGAUCGCUGAGAAUGUAAAAGGAAAUGCACAUUGCACUGCACAAUUAUCUGUCAACGAGUUGACACCAGAAGAGAGAAAGCGAAAGAACGCAUUAAACGCACCAUACUUCUUGGUUGCUCUGAAGGACACUGAGAUCCUCCUCAACACCUACCUACGCUUCAUGAUCAAGGUCAAAGGCAAUCCUAACCCUGAGGUCAAAUUCUACCGUGAUGGUAAAGAAAUUACAACUUCGGACGGAGAGCGCCUGUCCAUAGUACGUACUAGAGCUGACCGAGGUUGCUACGAGCUGGUGAUUGCGGACGUCUGCGCGGAGGACGCCGGCGUCUACUCAUGCAAUGCUAUGAAUAUCUACGGCGAUGUGGUGUCAGAAGCCAAGGUCACUGUUGUCGAUGAUAAGAAUAUAUUCGGUGAGCUGCUUCCGGGUGGAGAAGGGCUUUUGGCUAAGGGUGAGAAGGCAGCCUUUACUUGGAAGAAAGAUGGUGCAGACUUCGACCCUGAAGAGAGAUUCAAGGUGCUAUUGGGCGACGAUGAGGACUCGUUGGCGCUGGUGUUCCAGCACGUGAAACCAGAGGAUGCAGGUCUCUACACUUGCGUGGCAAAAACCAGCACUGGGAACAUAUCUUGCUCUGCGGAGCUCACUGUCCAAGGAGCUGUAAACUACCUGCACCGCGAGCCUCAGAAGCCGGAAUUAGUGAUCGAGCACAAGGAAGCGAUCGUGUCGUGUGGAGGGUCGGCUAUGUUGGAGCUGGUCUGCAAGGGCUACCCCAAGCCCAAUGUGGUUUUCAAGCAUGAGGGCAAGGUGGUGGAAGCCGAUGCUAGACACAAGUUCCUAUUCGAAGAUGAUGAGAACAUGUCGCUGGUGAUCAAGAACGUGACGACAGCAGAUGCGGGCGAGUACCAUGUGAUCGCAUCUAACGACCUUGGCGAAGACACCACCACAAUGAACCUCGUAGUAAAACAGGCUCCUAAGAUAAAGAAGAAGAUCGAGAACCAGACCUGUAUGGCCGACUCCACCCAUGAAGUAACAAUCGAGAUCGAAGGCAGCCCGUCACCUGAUGUAAGCUUCUACAAAGACGGUGUGGAGAUCAAGUCGUCAGAGCGUAUAACCAUUGUUAAGGAGAGCGAGGAGAUAUACAAGAUCAUCAUCAAGGGUGCCAAGCUCACUGAUACUGGUUCCUACUCUGUUGUUGCCAAAAACGAAAUCAACCAGUGUUCCGACUUCUGGCAGUGGCAUGUGACGUCACCGCCUAAGAUCAUCAAGAAGCUUGGUGCAGACAAGGUGUGCAAUGAGAAGGAGACUGUCACCUUCGAAGUUCAAACCGAGGCCGAUCCUGCGCCCACUGUUACUUGGUACAAGAACAAGACGGAGCUAAAGGAGUCGUCCGCUGUGAAGAUAACGACAUCAGGCUCUGCGCAUUCUCUGGUCAUCACGUCGGCUGCUCGUGCUGACUCUGGAGAGUAUUCCUGCGAGAUCCGCAACGUGCACGGUUCAUCAAGUGACUCUUGUCUGUUGAACGUGCGGUGCGCGCCGCAAUUCACGCAGCGCCUGAAGGACACCACGGCGGCCGAGGGCGACGUCAACGUUGAGUUCACCGUCGAUGUCGAAGCCUUCCCCACGCCCGAUGUCAAAUGGUACCUCGGCGAUGUGGAGAUAACGGAAAAGAAGUCGGUGUACACUCGAGUGGACAACGGCAGCAGCCACAAGCUAGUCCUGAAGGAGGUGACGUCAGAGCUCUCUGGACAGUACACGUGUAAGGUGUCCAACGAGAUGGGACAGGACUCAUGUCAGGCCACCUUUACUGUUAACCGAAAACCUCGCAUCACGAAAAGUCUGAUAGAUAUGUCCGUGGACGUUGGUCAGACAUUGAAGCUGGAAGUCGAAGUGGAAGGCUGUCCAGAACCCAGGAUCAUGUGGUACAAAGACGGCCAGGAAGUCACUACUGAUGCCAGAAUCAAAAUCGAAAGGGACACUCAGAGACUUGAGAACUAUCACCUCACGGUAACACUAAUAAAGGAAGAGGAUGGUGGAGAAUACGAGGUCCGCGCUGAAAAUGAGAUGGGCAGCGUCUCUUCCAAGAGCACCGUCACUGUGCAUACAAAAGAAGUUCAUUCGCGGUUCAGACAAGAAAGUGUUCUUGAAAGUGAACUGGAGGAGGAAAGCAAAGUUAAAAAACAACAAAUAGAUGAUGUAGUAGACGAAAGAACCAAGAAAUCUGCAAAGAAGUUAAAGAAAGAAAAGACCGAAGAAAAAUCUUUGAAGGAUGAAAUAGAUUUAAAAUCUAAAUCUGUAUCGUUGGAUGAGGUUGACAAACCACCUCCAACCAAAUCUAGAAAAUCUAUCUCUGAACCUGAAAUAAUAGAAGAAAAGUCGUUCUGGGACGAAAUAGAGGAACCAAAAAAAAUACAAGUAGAUGACGCAGUAGAUAGUGAGGCAAAAAAAAAUGCUAAGAGAGGAAAGACACAACCUGAAUUAGUCAAACAAAAAUCUAUCGCUGAUGAAAUAAUUUCCAAAUCGGUAUCAUUUGAAGAGAUUGAGAAACCAGUUCCAGUGAAAUCUCAAAAAUCUUUUACUGAGCCUGAAGUGAUAGAAGAAAAGUCUUUCUUGGAUGAUAUAGAGGAAGGUGAAAAGCCAAAAUCGGCUAAGCUAGAUGAUUCUAAGAAACCAACACCAUUGAAAUCUCAAAAAUCUGUAACUGAGCCUGAAGUGAUAGAAGAAAAGUCUUUUUGGGAUGAUAUAGCAGAAGAUGAAAAGCCAAAAUCGGCUAAACUAGAUGAUACUAAAAAGCCGGUACCAUUGAAAUCACAAAAAUCUGUUACUGAGCCUGAAAUGGCUGAAGAAAAGUCCUUCUGGGAUGAUAAAGAAGAGAAUGAAAAACCAAAAGCAGUUAAACUAGAUGAUUCUAAGAAACCAACACCAUUGAAAUCUCAAAAAUCUGUUACUGAGGCUGAAGUGAUAGAAGAAAAGUCUUUCUGGGAUGAUAUAGCAGAAGAUGAAAAGCCAAAAUCGGCUAAACUAGAAGAUACUAAAAAGCCAGAACCAUUGAAAUCUCAAAAAUCUGUUACCGAGCCUGAAGUAGCUGAAGAAAAGUCCUUCUGGGAUGAUAAAGAAGAGAAUGAAAAACUAAAAGCAGUCAAACUAGAUGAUUCUAAGAAACCAACACCAUUGAAAUCUCAAAAAUCUGUUACUGAGCCUGAAGUAAUAGAAGAAAAGUCUUUCUGGGAUGAUAUAGUAGAAGAUGAAAAGCCAAAAUCGGCUAAACUAGAUGAUACUAAAAAGCCAGUACCAUUAAAAUCUCAAAAAUCUUUUACUGAGCCGGAAGUGGUAGUAGAAAAGUCCUUCUGGGAUGAUAAGGGAGAGAAUGAAAAGCCAAAAACAAUCAAAGUAGAUGAUUCCAAUAAGUCAGUACUAUUAGAAUCCCAAAAAUCUGUCACUGAGCCUGAAAAGGUAGAAGAAAAGUCCUACUGGGAUGACAAAGAGGAGUCAAAACAACCACAAAUAAAUAAUACGACAAGUCGCGGUGCUCUGAAAACACCUACAAAAGAAAAAACAGAACCAGAAUUUGUUAAACAAAAGUCUGUCAUGGAUGAAAUAGAUACAAAAACCAAAUUGGUGUCAGUAGAAGAAAUCGAUAAACCAGCACGAGUAAAAUCACAGAAAUCUUUCACAGAACCAGAAAAUGUAGAACAAAAGUCGUUCUGGGAUGAUGUAGGGGAAGAUGAAAAGCCAAAAUCGGCUAAAAUAGGUGAUAUUGAAUCAUCUGUAAGAAAGGCUAGGAAAUCGGUUACAGAACCUGAAAUUAGUGAAACAAAAUCAAUAUGGGAUGAUAAUCAAAACGAGCAGAGCAAAAAGUCUAUUGUAGAAGAAGUAAAGUCAGAAAAACAAAAAAGUAAAAAAGGAGUUUCUGAACCGGAAGUAAUAAAAGAUGUCCCCAUUGAUGAUUCACUGAAAUCACCAAAACGCAAGUCUGUCAAAAAACAGUCAGUUAGCGAAGAGCCGUUGAGUGCUGAAACAGAAGGCCGAGUUUUCGAAACAGUAACAACGUUCAAGUCGGGCGAUGAUGGUUCAAUAAUUGUGUCGAAAGUAAGCAGCAGUCUCUCGCACGGUGCUAUUGUUACAGGUCCAGCCGAAACGCGCACUAUACACAAAAUGACUUCAAGUGCAUUUUAUUAUAAUGAUAAUGACGAAUAUGAUAAAAAGAUUGUUAAGCCGAAUAAACCCCACACAACUUCACUGGAAGUUGAAGAAAUAGCAAGUCAUAGUUAUUAUCUGACCGAACUGGGUUAUUAUACAAUACCGGAUCAUAUCAGAAGAGGAACUUAUGGAAUAAUCGAGGAACCACAAACUGAUUCUGAUGCCGAUACUAACUCAAGACAUGGUAGACAGGCUGGUAAUAGAACAAUAUCAAUCAAAUCUGUUUCUGAGGAUGAGAUGAGUUGGCAAAAUGAGCCACUUUCACGGGAAGUUUCAAUCGAAGACCUGUCAAAAUCCCUUUUCGAUAUAGACGACACAAAAAAGUUUUUCAGCAAAGACUCCUACGUGCGGCAAUCGUCUUUCAAAGAAGACUACUUUACGGACAAAGGUGAUGAAGAAUCAGUUAUUUUGAAAGAAAAGAGUCAAAAGGUCUACGAGAAUGAUAUCACAGAAAAGCUCAUACAUAUAUCGAAGGAAUUUGACGAAAACGAAUUUAAAAACGUCGAGAUUAAGAUAGAUAAUAUUAAGAAUCGUAUUAUAGAAGAACUAGUUUUAAGCCCGAUUAAAAAUUUCGAUAGUAUAACAAAAGAUACAGCAGAAACAACAUUAGAGCGUAAGAAAAAAUCAAGUACCGGUUUAUUUAGCGUUGACGAAGAAGGAGAUGGUGAUCUGGAAGAACUAUUGAGAAGAAGCCAAAGACAAAGAAGCAUAUUAGAUGAUAUUCUGAAUGAAGAAGAGGAAAAAGCACCACCCAAACUCAAAGAAAGCACCUUGAAGGACGGUCACACCUUCGAAUCCCUCCCACUAGUGUACACGGUGGAAGCUUCUGGAACCCCGAAACCUGAAGUCCGUUGGCUGCACGAGGGCCAGGAGGUGAAACCUGAUGGGAGGGUCCACAUCACCAACGAAGGGGAUCUUUACAAGCUGGAGAUUGUUGCUGUUGAUAUGAAAGACGCUGGGAAAUGGCAGUGCGAGAUUGUUAAUGACCUUGGCAAGCAGUCGCUACAAGCUGAACUUUCGGUUUCACCCGAAUCUGAGCUCCGCAAGCCUAAAUUCACAGCUCCCCUCGAAGCGACCAGCGUGAUGCAACGCGAGCCAGUGACCAUGAAGGCUGUAUGUACGGCAGAUCCUCUGCCCCACGUAGCCUGGCUGCUCAAUGGAGAGGAACUCAGUCCAGAUAUCGCUACUCUUAUCACCAGCAUGGAUUCUAAGGAACUCGAGCAUGGGCUUAAGGAGUGCGUUUUCACCUUGAGUAUCCCUACUAGUCGUCAUGCCGACACCGGCGAAUACACCAUUCAGGCAAAAAACAAAUAUGGAAUUGGCGAGUGUUCAGCUCGAUUGGACAUCCUACUUCGACCUGAAGUUGAGCCUCUGAAGGAUGUCACUACGGUUCCUUUCGAAGAAACCUCCUUCUUUACCAAUAUAAGGGCCAACCCCGUCGCUGAGGUGAAGUGGAGCAAAGAUGGUUACGUCAUCCAGCCUUCAUCAAAACAUGAAAUAAUUGAAGAUCGGGAGAAGGAAUCUUUCAAACUAGUGGUGAAGAAUGUAGGCAUCGAGGACGCUGGUCUCUAUACUGUUAGCGCUAAGAACGAGCAUGGAGAAACCACGCAGCAAGCCAGGCUUAAUGUGCAUACCGACAAACCCUCCUUCAUAAAGCCGCUGCAAAAGCAAAUAGUCAAAGACUACGAGGACUGUACGCUGCGCGUGCGCUGUGACGGCGUGCCCAAGCCCAAUGUGAAAUGGUUCCUCAACGAGAAAGAAAUCACCAAUGACGACCGCCAUACCAUCACCACUGUGGUCGGUGGGCAAGUUGAUAGCGAGCUGGAAAUCAAACACUUCAAUGCUAGCGAUUCUGGAAAGUACAAAGUGGUGGCGUUCAGCGUAUCUGGUGAAGCGGAGUGCCAGGCGGAUAUAACCCUGGCGCAAAUCCCGCCCGGCUUCGGCCACAAACUGGACCGACAGAAGGAAGUUGAUGAAGGGGAACCCUUGGAACUGCGCACUAAGGUUGACGGCAGCCCGAUUCCUACCGCUAAAUGGUUCAAAGACGGAGUAGAGCUAUCGCCCAAUGAUGAUCACGUCAAGCAAACCUGCUUACCCGAUGGCACAGUGAAGUUGAGCAUCGACCAUGUGACUCCAGCCGACUGCGGCGCAUACAAACUCCUCAUCACCAACCCCAGCGGGGAACAUAUGGCGCUGUGUGCUGUUGCUGUUAACCCUACUCCUCGAAAGCCAUCGUUCAGCGAGGAGUUGGAGAACGUAAAAGUGGUGGUGGGUCAGCCCGUCAAGUUACAAGCGAGAGUCAUGGCCUUCCCAGCGCCUGAAGUCAAAUGGUUCAAAGAUGGUGUACCCAUCCGUCCGAGUCAAGCAGUGAACUUCAUCAACCAGCCUGGUGGUAUAGUGGGGCUGAGCAUAGACAGCUGUCGCCCUGAAGACGCGGGAUCCUACUCACUCACCGUCACUAACAAACUUGGAGAUGUCGCCUCUAAAGCUAAUGUUGAGAUUGGACAGAAAGAACGCAAACCAGCGUUCAUAGCAGAAUUACAUCCAACCAAAGUCAUAGAAGGAUUCCCGGUAAAACUGGAAGUCAAAGUGCUUGGCCAUCCCCAGCCUACCAUCAAAUGGACUCACAACGGCAAAGAGAUCGUGCCAGAUGGGAAACGUAUCCGAGUGGUGUCACAACCCGAUGGCACCCAUGCGUUACUGAUCAGUGAGGCGACACCUGCUGACGCUGGUAGCUACAGUGUCAUUGCUACCAAUGACAAAGGCGAAACAGCUACCAAAGCUGAUCUUACUGUGGCUAGUCGAGAAGACUCUUCAUCACCUCAAGAGCGUCCUCAAUUCAUCCACGGUCUACGUGAGGUUUCCGGUGAAGAGGGUCAACCUCUCACCGUCACUGCACCGUUCACUGCCAACCCUGUGCCGCAAGUGUCGUGGACUAAAGACGGGCAACCACUCAGCCCUAACGAGAGGAUCCUGCUUACUUGCGAUGGCAAGAGGGUGGGUCUAGAAAUCAACCCGCUAGAGCUAUCAGACGCGGGUGUGUAUGGCGUGAAGUUGGUCAACCCACUGGGUGAGGAUUCAACGGAAGGCAAGAUCAACGUGCGCAAAGUGUUCCAGCCGCCACGCUUCACGCAGAAGUUCACCGAUUUGCAGCAGUUACCAACAUUCGACGCCAAAUUCCCUGCACGAGUUACUGGCAUACCCGCUCCCGAGAUCACGUGGUACAAAGACAAUGUGCUCCUAAAACCUUCAGACAAAUACUCCAUCAAGAGAGAUGGGGACGCGUGUUGUCUGUAUGUAAGAGAUCUGGUGCAAGAGGAUGCUGGGCAGUACAAGUGUGUUGCUAAGAACAAGGAGGGUGAAGAUAGCUGUGAAGCUGUUUUGGAAGUUGUCGAUAAAAUCGGUCGCAAGCAAAAGGUGGAGCCACCAACGUUCCUCAAGAAAAUUGGCGACGCGGAAGUGUUCCGUGGCCUCAGCGCUAAGUUCACCGCCUGCGCCACCGGCACGCCCGAACCUGACGUUGAAUGGUUCCGCAACGACGAGAAGAUAUUCCCAAGCGAUCGCAUCCGCAUAGAGCAAGAGACCACGGGGUUGUUGCGGCUGACCAUUGGCGGAGUAACCCCUGAGGAUGUGGGCACCUACCGCUGCAGGAUAUUCAACCCGCACGGCGAGGAAUCCUGCACCGCACAACUUGUGUAUGAUACUCUGGAGCCCCAGAAGGACAAGAAGCCCAUCUCCGAGCAGUACUCAGACUUCGACAAGAUGAAGCGCACGGGUGUACCCAUGCCGCUCACAGACAAGCCGAUCAUAUCCCGCAUGGCUGACCGACACCUCACGCUGUCUUGGAGACCAUCCAUACCGCACCAGCCACGGUUCCCGGUCACCUAUCAGGUGGAAAUGUGCGAAGUACCAGACGGCGAUUGGUUCACAGCACGGACUGGCCUCAGAUCGUGCGUCUGCGACAUCCGCAACUUGGAACCAUUCCGCGACUACAAGUUCAGAGUCCGAGUUGAGAACAAAUACGGUGUCAGUGACCCUUCGCCCUUCGCGAUCACUCAUCGCGCUAAGUUGGAACCCGAUCCACCCAAGUUCAUUCCUUACCUUCAACCGGGUAUUGAUUUCAGACCCGAAACUUCACCAUACUUCCCGAAGGACUUUGAUAUCGAGCGUCCACCACACGACGGUUACGCCCAAGCGCCCAAGUUCCUCCUCCAAGAAUAUGACUCUCAGUACGGCGUCAAAGGCCACAAUGUCAACCUGUUCUGGUUCGUCUACGGCUACCCCAAGCCGAAGAUGGAGUAUCUCUUCAACGAUGAGCCGAUUGAAAUCGGUGGGAGAUAUGACUGGAGUUACACGAGAAAUGGACAGGCUACGUUGUUCAUUAACAAGAUGCUAGAGCGUGACGUUGGCUGGUACGAAGCAAUCGCGACCAACGAACACGGCCAAGCGCGACAACGCGUCAGACUCGAGCUGGCCGAGUACCCCGCCUUCAUCCGCCGCCCUGAGGAGACCGUGGUGCUGCAGCGCCGCACCGCGCGGAUUGAGGCGCGCGUCACCGGCGUGCCCUACCCCGACAUCAAGUGGUACAAGGACUGGCAACCGAUCGCUGCCAGCUCCAGAAUCAAGAUGCAGUUCAUAGCACCAGACACCCACAUCCUGGUGAUCACGGACGCAAUCCUCAAGGACGAAGGUCUAUACUCGGUGUCGGCGCGCAACGUGGCCGGCUCCGUCAGCUCCUCCGCCAUGCUGCACGUGGAGGAGAGCGAGCAUGAGUACUCUGCCAGGAUCCGCGAGUACCCGCCACGCAUUAAGCCUAGUACGAAGCCGUUUGGUGACUACUAUGAUCUGGGUGACGAGCUUGGUAGAGGAGUCCAAGGUGUCGUCUACCAUGCCGCUGAAAGGCAGAGUGGUCGCAACUACGCCGCGAAGAUAAUGCACGGCCACUCAGAGCUGAAACCGUUUAUGAAGAAUGAGCUGGACAUCAUGAACCUGCUGAAUGACAGGCAUCUCAUCCGCCUGUACGACGCGUACGAGCACGACCACACUCUCGCGCUGGUCACUGAGCUAGCGGCAGGAGGAGAGCUAGUCAGGGAUCGUUUGCUGAGGAGUCAGGGUUAUACAGAGCGUGAAGUGGCGGGCUACAUACGCCAACUGUUACGUGGUCUCAAACACAUGCACGACAACAGCGUUGCACAUCUUGGACUCACUAUCGGCGAACUCCUCCUGUCCCACGCUGGUAGCGACGAACUGAAAAUCUGUGACUUCGGUCUCUCCCGAAGAAUCCAACUGAACAAACACGCAGCGUUAGACUACGGCAUGCCAGAAUUCGUCGCCCCAGAAGUCGCCAAUGGAGAAGGAGUUGCCUUCGGCGCCGAUAUGUGGAGCGUCGGCAUUAUAACCUACAUUCUUCUUAGCGGUUACUCCCCAUUCCGCUGCCGAAACGACCGGGAAACCUUAACCAAGAUCAGAGAAGGAAAGUGGGAAUGGCAUGAUGAGGAAUGGUGGUCACGAUUUAGUAAGGAAUCGAGAGAUUUCAUAUCAAAGUUGCUGGUCAUCAACUGGCAUGAUAGAAUGGAUGUGAAUACAGCGCUGUCGCAUCCGUGGUUGAGCUGCGCGGAUAAGAUUUAUAAGGACGAAUAUACUAUUACUACAGAUCGACUAAGGAACUACUACAAUUUGUACAGAGAAUGGAUGAGCAACGCGCAAUGUCGCAACUGGUUCCGUCGCCGACCGCUGAGCGGCGCUUUCGACCAUCCGUCGAAAAUGGUCUACCCGCCUGGCAUCAUAUACACUCCUGAAGGUACACCCGAACGCGACAGGCCAUCACACGAGCGUCAACCAAACGAAUGGGACCUGAAGUUCAAGCAGUGGGAACACCCCGACUGGGAGGUUUCCGCUACGUCAGAGAGCCACUACCAGAACGGUCCAGACACAUACCUGCUACAGUUGCGCGACACUCAGUUCCCGGUGCGACUGCGUGAAUACAUGAAGGUGGCCUGCAUACGCUCGCCUGGGUACAGCCUCAACAUUAUGGACUCUUACGAUCCUAGGACGCCGAUUAUUCGUGAACGCCGUCGUUUCACCGACAUCAUGGACGAAGAAAUCGAUGACGAGAGACGCGAAAGAAUCAACAACUACGGUACUGAAAGCUACACCAUCAGACGACUAAGACACGAACUCGGAACGAGACUUGAUAGUUACGCAGAAGCUCAAGCUUUCAUGGAGUCCAAAAAAGAUGGCCAGCUGCCAUUCUUCAGAGAAAAACCUCAAGUACUCCCAGUGCAGGAAGGUGACCAGGUUCAACUCUCCUGCUUCGCCGUCGGUGAUCCAAAACCGUCAAUCCAAUGGUUUAAAAAUGACAUGGUUAUCGCUGAAGGACAACGCAUCAAAAUUAUUGAAGACGAAGAAGGAAGAUCUACGCUCAAAUUCGACCCGGCAAUGCAUCACGAUAUAGGCUUUUACAAAGUCGUAGCUAGAAACAAAGUAGGACAGACUGUUGCAAGAACGAGAAUCGUUGAAGCCACAACACCAGAUGCUCCCGACAGUCCGACAGCCACAGAAAUAUCUGAUACAGAAAUUCUUUUAAGAUGGAAGCAACCCAAAUAUGAUGGAAACUCUCCCGUAGUAUGUUAUAGCUUACAAUACAGAGAAGGCGAUAUAGUCGAAUGGAAAACGGUAGCAGAAAAUAUCGAUCACGAAUUCUUCGUCGUCAGAAACCUGCAACCAGAUACAAGCUACCACUUUAGAUUAUCCUCUAGAAACCGAAUUGGAUGGAGUGAAAAGGGCAUCCCAACAGAAUUGAUAAAAACGAAACAAUCCGGCGCACCCAAAAUAGAAGUCACAAAAGCUAUGCACCAUUUACAACAAAUAACAGAAUCUGGACAAGAAAUUAUUUUAGAUGAAGACAGACCGAAAUUGGACUAUGCGAUAGAAGAAAAUCCAAUCGAAUGGGACGCUACCACUCAAAACCUAGCGGAUCGUUACACUUUCAUAUCAGAACUAUGGAGAGGAAAAUUCUCGACUGUCGUCAAAGGUGUCGAUAAAAAUACUGACGAGAUAGUAGUAGCGAAGAUUCUAGAAAUACGUCCAGAGACUGAGGUUCAAGUUCAGAGAGAGUUCAACUGUAUUAGAAAGUUAAGACACGAGAGGAUAUCAAAUUUACUCGCGGCAUAUCAACUUCCCGGAGCACCUGUUGCCACACUCAUUCUAGAGAAACUACAGGGGGCUGAUGUUUUGACUUACCUUUCAAGCUGUCACGAUUAUAACGAACAAAUGGUAGCCACAAUAAUAACCCAGGUGUUAGACGGUCUUCAAUACUUGCACUGGCGAGGAUACUGCCACUUGGACUUGCAGCCUGAUAAUGUGGUGAUGUCUUCAGUGCGAUCGAUUCAAGUGAAACUGAUCGACUUCGGGUCAGCACAUAGAGUUACCAAGUUAGGAACUAGCGUACCGCAAGCUGUUGGCGAAUUGGAAUACAAAUCACCUGAAGUUAUAAACGAUGAACCCGCCUACCCGCAAACAGACAUCUGGUCAGUGGGCGUACUCACCUACAUCCUACUGUCUGGAGUGUCACCAUUCAGAGGCGCUGAUGACGCGGAGACCAAACAGAACAUCUCCUUCGUCAGAUUCCGCUUCGAGCAUCUUUACAAGGAGCUCACUCAGGAAGCGACGCGUUUCCUGAUGUGGGUGUUCAAGAAGGUGCCCCUGAAGAGGCCCACGGCGGAGGAGUGCCACGAGCACCGCUGGCUCGCGCAAUCCGACUUCAUACAGAGGAAGCGGGAGCGAGCUGUUUUCUUAGGCAACAGAUUAAAGGAAUUCGCGGACGAGUACCACGAGAAGAAAGCCCGCGAGGCGUCACAAACAGACGUCCUCGCCAACUUCGGACCUUCGCCACGAGUUCUGGCGCGCUCCAACAGCAUCACAGACGAACUGCUCACCAACUUCUCCAGCCGCUGACUGCAUUAGCCCAGCAUCAUCAAACAUCAUGGACGUAGCUACAUAAAACAAGAGCUAAUAAUGUACAGUUGCUGUCACGUACAAAACCUUUCAUAUUGAACCUGUACAGAGGGUGAUUUAUCUGUUCUAUUUGGCGCAGCAAUAGGUACAGACGUUGCGCUUUGGUUUGUUAUUCUUUCGUUUCGCCUAAUUCAUUCAUCGCCCCGUUUAUCUCUGCUUCAGUCGAAAAUCGAAAAACACCAUAUAAACAAUCUGCAGAGAAAUGACAGUUAAAAUUUUGUAAUCUAUGUCCAUGAUAAAAGAAACCUUGGCCAGUGACCAUCCUCUGGGCUUAGGAGUUAGGACCAAUUUAAUAUGGAUUUAAGAAACUUAAAAUACAAUAUACCUAGGCACUAUCCCGAAACUAAGAAUUUGAUAAUAAUUUAAGCAUAUUUUUAAGGAAAACAUUUAUAAUUUUUUGUAUUCUAGGUAAGGUGCCUAGGUAACUUACAAAAUUACCAUUUGGGAUAGGCAAGGAUAAAUUGCUUAAUUUUUUUACUAAAGUAGGGUGUCAUUUAAAAAGUUUAAAACUUACUUAAUUUUAUUAUUGAAUACAUGUAUAAAUAGGAAAAAUAUUAAAUUUCGUAUCGUAUUUUAGUAGAACUAACAAGACUUGGAAAUUAGAUUUUAGAAAUCGAUUAUUUCUCAUCAACUAUGGAUAUCGUUACCACACUAUUUUAAGAUUUUUUUUUAUUGAAAAAAAAAACCUAGGUAUUGGUACCUACAUCACUUCAUUUAUAUGCACCUACCUAGUUUAAACGGAAAAUUGAAAUCGUUUUAAAGACUAAUUAAUUGUUAAUAAUUUAUUAAGUAAACAGUUUUUUUAUUGAUUUUUAAUCAAUCGACACAGAAAAAAACCUUUUUUUGAUGUUUUUACCUUUUCUACGCCGCCACACUAAAUUAUUCUAGUCAAAAAAAAAGUUUCGAAACUUAUUUAUUGUUAUGAGUUAUUUAUAAACAUUUUUACUAUUUACUUUAUUUAUUUCUAUGAUUAAUGCUUCAAUAUUAUUGAAGUUAAAUAAAGAGCUAUCUGCUGAA